CCCAAUCCCAAUGCAGUCCUCUUGACUUCGAGAGUUCGGGAAAAGAGACUUCGAUAUUCCACAACAACUUUUGAUUAUUGUACAUUUCUUGACACUUUGAAUUAUGAUCUAAACGACACAGAAACUAACAUUAUACCUUUGAAGAAAGCUUAGGAUGCUUCAGUCAAGAGCAAAAAUGAAGACAUUAAAUACUAGGAAGUGGAACCUUUGAAAACUUUUUACUUUCACUUUCAUUGAUUCAAGCAAUCUGCUGCAGAGAUUCUCGUCGCCAUUAUUAAUUUAUUCUCGAGGAGUUUGAGAAUGAAGGGAUCGUUUGUUUUGUUGAUUCAGUGGGUUUUGCUCAUAGACGGUGUGUUUGGUGUUGAUGAAAUGAAGACGUCAGUGUCAGUGAUGGAGGGAGAUUCUCCUACUUUACGCACUGCUGUUACUGGAUUACAAAAUGACAAAUCAGAUUUUAUUAAAUGGUAUUUUAAUCACAAUCUCAUAGCUCAAAUCAGGGGAGAUCUCAGUAAGUUCUGUACAGAUGUGAAGUGUGAGACUGGUCAGGAGAGAUUCAGAGACAGACUGAAGCUGAACAAUCAGACUGGAUCUCUCACCAUCAAGAACAUCAGUAUUACAGACUCUGGAGAUUAUAAUCUACUGACCUUCAUCAACAACAUCAAUGAUGAGAAGACAUUCACUGUCACCGUCCAACCUGGUGUGUCUGGUGCUGAAAUGAAGAUAAAGUCGAUGAUUGAAGGAGCUUCUGUCACUCUACACACUGAUGAUACUGUAAAACAGGGAGAUGUUGUGAUGACGUGGUAUUUCAAUGACACUCGUAUAGCUGAAAUGAAUGAAGAUCCCAGUAAGAGCUGUACAGAUGUGACGUGUGAUGAAGGUGCUGAGAGAUUCAGAGACAGACUGAAGAUUGACCAUCAGACUGGAGAUCUCACUAUCACAAACACCAGAACUACAGACUCUGGACUUUAUCAACUAGAGAUCAGCAGCAGUAUCAGCAGCAGCUGCAGCGUAAAGAGCUUCAGUGUUAAUGUCAGCGCAUCAGACUUAAAAACUCCAGAUCCAGGUCUGUCUUCUGGUGAUAUAGCAGGAAUAUGUGUUGGUGUUGUUCUGGUUGUCGCUGUAACUGCUGGUGUGAUUUAUUAUCGCUGUAAGAUCUCAAGACGAGGACAAAAUGGCAUCAAGAUGCAGCACAAUGUUCAGGAGAAUGAUGGAGUGAAUCCACCACCUCAUCAGAAUGGAGGAGGGAACGAGCUGACUCCUCUGAAUGACGGAGUGAACGAGCUGACUCCUCUGAAUGACGGAGUGAACGAGCUGACUCCUCUGAAUGACGGAGUGAACGAGCCGACUCCUCCGAAUGACGGAGUGAACGAGCCGACUCCUCCGAAUGACGGAGUGAACGAGCCGACUCCUCCGAAUGACGGAGUGAACGAGCUGACUCCUCCGAAUGACGGAGUGAACGAGCUGACUCCUCCGAAUGACGGAGUGAACGAGCUGACUCCUCCGAAUGACGGAGUGAACGAGCCGACUCCUCCGAAUGACGGAGUGAACGAGCUGACUCCUCCGAAUGACGGAGUGAACGAGCCGACUCCUCCGAAUGACGGAGUGAACGAGCCGACUCCUCCGGAAGGCGGAGUGAACGAGCCGACUCUUCCGGAAGGCGGAGUGAACGAGCCGACUCUUCCGGAAGGCGGAGUGAACGAGCCGACUCUUCCGGAAGGCGGAGUGAACGAGCCGACUCUUCCGGAAGGCGGAGUGAACGAGCCGACUCCUCCGGAUGGCGGAGUGAACGAGUGAACGAGCCGACUCCUCCGAAUGGCGGAGUGAACGUCUCUACUCAUUAGACUCUUUUGAUAACUGAUGAGACUGAGACUACCAGUCUGUUGACCCAUUAACAUUAUUUUAUUAUUUUCGUAUUGAGAAGUACAAUGGCGAGAUUACAGGAAACAAUGGGGAAUAGUGGAUCUGAGACACUAAACUACUUGUGUUACCCACAUGAGCACCACCACUGACAUAUGGGACGCCCCCGUGACAACAUUAUGAGCUCUUACGACUUUCAGCCAAUAAUAUUAUGGUUAAAUUUGCUCAUAUAGAGUGAUUUUACCGUGCAUAGAAGCCGCAUUAAUCUGCCAAAUAUAUUGUGUUUACACAGACUUUUUAAUGGCGCACAGAGGCGGCCAAAAUUUACACAGGAAUCACAAUCAUGGGAGAUGCAUGAAUCUCGGGUACUGAUUAUAACAUAGAGGUUGAUGCACUGUAGACUUGCUGCUCUAAAGAACAAAAAAGGUCUUCCCUGUGGAUAAUAAUGGAUGAUAAUGAUGGAUGAGCAGUGGUUCUCAAACCUUUCAAGACAAGUACCACCUCAGAUCAAAUAAGAACAACUGUGCCACCUCGUUUUUUAUUCACUGAGUCCAAGUUUAAAGGGAUAGUUCACACAAAAAUGACAAUUUACUCAUUCUCAUGCAUUCCAGAUGUGUAUGACUUUCUUUGUUCUGCAAAACACAAGUGAAGAUUAUUAGAAGAAUAUCUCAGCUCUGUCAAAAUCCAAUCGGUUUUGAGUGAGAACAGACCAAAUUAUAUAUAAUAACCAGUUAUAACUCCUUUUUCACUGUAAAUCUUGCCAUUGCAGUCUUAAAUCAUGAUCACCAAGGAGACUGUUGUCAAGACGCACAGUGUAAUUUGGUCUGUUCUCACUCAAAACCGAUUGGAUCGCUUUAAAAGACAUGUCAUCUUGAGAGAUGUGUGGAAGGACUGGAUCAGAGCUGCAUCUAAUAAGCGCACACGCCAGAAUAAUACAUUUUUGACUUAUAUCAGUGCACACUUUGGACCAGAAAUCACCCCGUCACAAUCCUGAAGCAAUAAUGAGACCUUUACACUAGUCUUAGAUAAAGAUUUACCACAUUUGAAAGUAAAUUGGAUAACUAAACACAUUUUUACUAAUACAUUUAAAAUAUUUGUCUAUUUUCAAAGUAAUUUUGAAUUGUCAUGUUGUGUGCCAUUUAGAAGACCGCUGAUCUAAAGCAUUUUUUAUGCAUUAUUUUGAUUUCUCAGGCAGUUGGUCAUUUUAUCAUCUCAUCUAUAUCCUCUUCUAUUGUUGACAGACAGAUUGUAAACGAGUGAAAGUAGUUAUAAGUCUUAAGUGUGUACACUCAUCGUUACCUUGUCUUACAUCUUCACCAAAGCUUCAUUUUUAUGUGAGGGUCAAAAGACAAGCCUUUGCUAAAAAAAUUUUUAUGUACACUAAAAUGUUGGUCAGAUAAAUUCAAUGUAGUAUUCUAAAGCAUUUUCCUCAUAUUGGGGAUGUUUUGAUCAAUAAUUAUCAUGUUGUUUAUUAUGAUCAUCAAUGUUCUUUCAGCGUUUGGUGUAUAGCUUUGUGUUGGGUUUCUCGAUAACAUUAUCUUAACGUUGUAUGUUAUUGUACAAUGGUGCAACAGCUGUUUUCCAAACCAGCAUGUAGAUCCUCGUUAUUAAGUAAGACUUGCAUAAUUACUGGAGCUGUGAGACCUCAAUAUGUUGAAUAAUGUUUGAUGUACUGUGCACUUGAAACUGCUAUUGUACAACAUGCAGUGUGUGACUGUAAUGAUAUAGACUAGCCACAUGGAGCAGAUCAGAGGAAGAGGAGAAAUAUUAAAGUGCAGUUUAUUGAACUGUAAGGUGUUGUGGAUGAAGCAUCAGCUUCAUGACAAAUGUAUAUUUUUCAUGUACCAAUGUUUUAUAAAUAAAACUUUAUAUAUCUUUA